CGAGAGUCUGGGGAAGAGCGUCUAUUUCGUACGGAGUACCUCGGAAUUGUUCUCAUGGAACAUUCCGGGCUGUGGUAUACCCAUUUCCGAUUGGUGGAUGCGAACUCCGUGCCCCACAUCCUUAUUCAACCACCAUGCCCUAAGUUAUAUAGUACGCAUCCAAUGCUUUGGAAGAUCUUUGCGAUACCACUUGGUAUGCCAUGCUUAUCAAUUCAUUGGAUUUUAGAUAUUUGGCAUUCUAGGUAUCUUAGAAGAUAGUUAUCAUGUAAUCCUUCACAUGUAUCACUGCGGGCGCGAUCUAUAGAACUUAUACGCUGC